CGGCUCGGCCCGGGCCAUGGACUCAUACGAUGACGACAUCCAACGGCAGCAAUACCAUCCCUCCCACUCGAUCCCCGACGCUGCCUAUCCGGACGACUCACCAUUCCGGCAGCAGCAGCAGCAGCAGCAGCUCCAGUUCCAGGCGUCUUACGGUGCUGGCGGGUUCGGCACGAGUCCUGUGCACCCCCCAGCUGCGGUGACGCCUCUUUCCUCACACACAGGAAAUGAACCCGGAUACCAGCCCCAGCACCAACGCCAGACUCAGAAUCAGGAAGCUUGGCAGCCCUACGACAUCCCCAGCAGCCCUCCUCCUCCAUAUGAUCCGAGUCAGGCCCCAGCCGCUUACCAAUACCCGCCUAUCCAUGCGCCAGCCGUCGCCAUUCCCGCAGCUACGCAUCCAAACACGCAUGCCGAUGGGCAUGUCCAGGCGGUGGGCAUCGAACUGAUGCCCUUGCCAGUCGCGACGACGGCCGUGCCUCCUCAACAGACGGCACCUCUAGCACCGGCAGUCUCGACCUCCGUCGAGGACGCCUAUAAGCUCGAUGCUGCGUCUGUGGAACGUCGGCGCAGGCAAAGGCGCAUCAAGAUUUGCCUCAUUGUCUUGACUGUGGUGUUCAUAUUUAUUGGCGCGUUGAUUUUGGGAGUGGCCUGGGGUGUACUUAAGAAGUCAAUCAACAAACACCCUGACGACCAUGACGAUACAUUCUGA